AUGGCCUCGUCUUCUUGUAAUUCUGUGGGUUUUUUUUUUCUUUUCUUUUCUUUUUUGUAUUUGGUUUUUAUUGCUCUUUUUAUUUUGUUUGUUUUUCCCUAUACGGCGUAUUUCUUUCUUUACUAUAUUGGGGGGUUGUCCUUGUUCUUUCUUUCCUUCUUUGUUUUUUUUUACCUUUCCUACACAUUCCCGGCGUUUCUUUUUACGCUUGUUUUAGUUUCUUUCUUUCUUUCUUUCUUUCUUUCUUUCUUUCUUUCUUUCUUUCUUUCUUUCUUUCUCUUUAAUUUUUCUUUCUUUUUUUAUUCUCUUUUCGCUAUUCUCAUCUCAUCUAUCUAUCUAUCUAUCUAUCUAUCUAUCUAUCUAUCUAUUUGUUCUGUUCCUGAUCGAUCUAUCUCUAUCGUUCUAUAUAUAUCACAUCUAUUCAUAUCUAUCUAUCUAUCUAUCUCAGUUCAUAUCUAUCUAUCAAUGUAUCUAACAUCUAUUUAUAUCUAUCUCUGUUUAUAUCUAUCUAUCUAUCUAUCUAUCUAUCUAUUUAUAUCUAUCUAUCAAUAUAUUCUUUUUUCUUUUCUUUUUUUCUCUACACAUUAA